AUGACUCAAAGGCUUUCUUCAUCAAUGAGGGUUGCCUACAUAUCUCAGUUCAAUGAGCCAUACGCUCUCGGCGAACGACCACGGCCGACACUCGAAGCAGCGGACGUCCUUGUGCGAAUACACGCAGCGGGCUUCUGUCACUCAGACCAUCAAGCCUGGCAGGGACAAUUUAAUUCCCCUAUAGGACUCAUCCCGUCUCACGAGCCGGCCGGCGUAAUAGAGGAGCUUGGCCCAACCUACAACGGAGAUCUAAAGGUCGGAGAUCGGGUUGGCGCGCUCAACUUCAAGCAUGCCUGUGGGGAUUGCGCGGGAUGCAAGCUGACGCUUCGUACGUCUAAGCGCCUGGAUCCUCGCUUUUGUGAGGUGCGAGAAACGGCGGGAUUCCAGCACGACGGCGUGUUUGCGGACUACAUUGUGGCAGACCCGGCCACUGUGGUUAAGCUACCUGACUCUGUUUCCUUUGAGCAAGCUGCGCCGCUGAUGUGCGCCGGCGCAACUGUCUGGGGAUCAAUAGAGCGGACGACACAGGGACUCAAGCCUGGAGAAGUCGUUGCCAUAAUUGGUAUUGGGGGUCUGGGUCAUCUAGGUAUUCAAUUUGCAAAGGCACUGGGCUUCCGCACAAUCGCUGUGGAUAAUCGGCCUGCCGGUUGUGAACUGGCCAGGCAGGUCGAAAGCCCCCAUCUUCAGCCUGAUCUUGUGGUCGACUCAUCAGUCCCUGAUGAUGCUGCGAAAGCUAUUUACGACCUGACAAAUGGGGAAGGGGUUGCGGCAGCAGUAGUAUGCACCGACUCUGUUGCGGCAAAUCGAUGGGCACUUGAACUGUUGAGAAUCGGGGGGACCUUAGGACUAUUGGGUCUCCCUCCGCAACCGUGGCAGUUUGAUGCCGACUUGAUUGUGUUCAAGGAACUGUCUAUUAAGGGAAGCUAUGUGGCGAGUAAGGAGGCUACUGAACGGAUGAUGAAAGUGGUUGAAUCUGCACGGGUAAGUUCGCGCUUAACCAUAAUUCCUUACCAGAAUGUACCUUCUAUCAUCGAAAAGUACGAGGAUGUAUCUUUCCAAGGACGAUUGGUCGUUAGGUUUGUGGACUAG